GCCAAGCGCACCAAGAAGGUGGGGAUUGUUGGUAAAUAUGGCACGCGUUACGGCGCGUCGCUGAGGAAGAUGGUGAAGAAAAUUGAAAUCUCUCAGCAUGCUAAAUACACCUGCUCCUUCUGUGGCAAGACAAAAAUGAAGAGGAGAGCUGUCGGCAUCUGGCACUGUGGAUCCUGCAUGAAGACAGUGGCUGGUGGUGCCUGGACGUACAACACAACGUCCGCUGUCACAGUCAAGUCUGCGAUCAGGAGGCUGAAGGAGUUGAAGGACCAGUAAACCCGUACGCAGCCAUCACUGGUGGAUUUAGGACUUUUUCUAUAAUUUAACCAAGCUGGACAUGGCCUCAYCAUUCAGAAAUAAAGCUGUCUUGAGCGGA